CCAGAAGCAAACAAAGCACAUCAAAACCAAAAAGAUAAUGAGGACUGUUGCAGCUUUUGUUCUUCUAGCCUGUCUGGUUGCUUUAGGAGUGAAUGGGCAGGACAGGUCCAGGGGCAGAUGUCUUUGUGGUGAUACAGGAGUGAACAUUGUUUUAAGAAAGAACAUUGAGAAGGUUGAAAUUAUACCUCCAAGUGCAUCUUGUAAAAGACAGGAGAUUAUUGUCACUCUCAAGAAUCGCGCAGGACGGAAAUGCUUGAAUCCAGAGUCAAAAUUCACAAAAAAUAUCAUCUUGAAGGCUCUUGAAAAACAGGGCAAACAGUAGGAGAGUCAACAUAAACUGCUCAAGAAUACUCAACAGUCUUAACUCCUCAUACUAAAAUACUUCUUAAUAUCAUUAAUUUAUUCUUCUCACCAGAAACAUUGAGCUAUAAAAUGCCUUGGUUUAUUGAUGAUUUGAUUUGUGUCAUAUUGUACAAGAUUUUUAAUAGACCACUGAACAAUGUGUCAUAUGUACAGUUUUUUUAUUAUUUGAGUAGGCUUCUUGUAUUAUCCUGUUAUUUGUAAUGUCUAAAUGUGUAUAAUGUUAUUUGUCAAACAUGUAUUGUAAACGUGUAUGCUAUUUGUAAUUUGUUAAAUGUGUAAAUUGUAUUCUGCACUGUCCGGGGCACGCUCCCAAGCUUUUUACUCACCACGGCACAAGUGCUGUUGGUGACGUGACAAUAAAAGUUGUAAGAUUUGA